ACGUAUUAGGCCCACUCUGACGUCCUGCCUAAUGGCGAUGCCCUUGUUACAAUGGGGACCGUUGUUGAUCACUUGUUACCCGAAUUGUUGAAGUGAACAACUGCGGAUUAUUCAUACAGCGGCGUCUUUUUGGGCGAGUCGCCCCGGAGGCUACAUGUUAAAGUCGGGUGCAGCAGGUCCAUCCUCUGUUGCCUCUCCUCAACCAAUGAAGGAAUUCAAGGAGAACUCAAUGACUGCCCAAGCAAUCCUGGACCACAUCAAACCGUGCUGGUACUGGGACAAGAAGGAUCUGGCCCACACCCCGUCCCAGUCCGAGGGCCUGGACCCCGGCACGGAGGCUCGGUAUCGGCGGGAAGGGGCCCGCUUCAUAUUUGAUGUGGGGACACGACUUGGACUACACUAUGACACACUGGCAACUGGCAUCAUAUACUUCCACCGCUUCUACAUGUUUCACUCCUUCAAGCAGUUCCCCCGAUAUGUGACGGGCGGUUGCUGUCUUUUCCUGGCAGGGAAAGUGGAGGAAACCCCAAAGAAGUGUAAAGACAUCAUCAAAACAGCCCGCAGCUUACUGAAUGAUGUGCAGUUCGCCCAGUUUGGAGACGACCCGAAGGAAGAGGUGAUGGUGUUGGAGAGAAUCUUGCUCCAGACUAUCAAGUUUGACCUGCAGGUGGAGCACCCCUACAUGUUCCUGCUGCGCUAUGUCAAGCAGCUCAAAGGGGAUAAGAAUAAAGUGUGCAAGGUGCUGCAGAUGGCAUGGACAUUUGUCAACGACAGCCUGUGCACCAUGCUGUCUCUGCAAUGGGAGCCAGAGAUCAUUGCAGUGGCUGUCAUGUACCUGGCCGGCCGCCUCUGUAAGUUUGACAUCCAGGAGUGGACCGCCAAGCAGUCGUCACGCCGCUGGUGGGAGCAGUUUGUCCAGGAUGUCCCCGUUGAGCUGCUCGAAGACAUUUGCCACCAGAUCCUGGAUCUGUACUCCCAGGGCAACAAGCCCAUUCCUCAGCAGAUUGCGGAGAAGGAGCGGGCAACUAUUCCUCCGCUCCCCGCUCCUCCUGUACCACAGGGACUACCCCCAGCCGCCAUCCCUCCUCCCCCACCACCAAAGAAGACGUCCCCUCAGGGUGGCAGCCCAGGACGCCAGCUCAAACGCUCACAUACAUCCCCCAAAGAUGAACCAAAGGCUCCAGAACAAAUUGGGGCAAAGAUUCCUAGACUGGAAAGCCCAAUGCCUCCUCUGCCUACAUCGCAGCCUCCCUCAGACCGAAAAGCUCCAGCUCCAGCGCCUCCCGCGGAAGCCGAACCAGGAAGUGAGGCUGCUCCUCCACUCCCGCACGCUCCACCUCCACACCAGCCCCCUCCCCUGCCCCACCGCCCUCCUCCGCCCCCGCCCUCCAACUACAUCAUGUCCACCACCAGCUCCUACAUGUCUGGGGAGGGCUAUCAGAGCCUGCAGUCGAUGAUGAAGACCGAGGGUCCCACGUAUGCCCCCAUGCCACCAAGCUAUGCUCCCCCAAUACCGCCAUACCACCCCCACGUCUAUCCGCCACCGGCAGCUCCACCUCCAGGCCCUCCUCCUCCUUCCUCAUACCCACCGCCUAACUUGGCCCCGGCCUAUCCGCCUCCGGGCUACAACAGCUACCCUCCACCACCACGCAUGCCACCAGGCCAUGUGCCUCCUCCGGGGAUAGGCCUUCCACCUACUGGGUACCCUCCACCGCUGCCCGGGCCUCCAGGACAGUCGCAGGUGCCCCUGCCCCCUCUGCCUGGCAUGCCCAUGAACCGUGGUGGGUGGAUGAGAUGAGGGUGCGAUAACAGCUUAUGAACUGCGUCUGUGCAGAGCAACGACUGGGGAGGACGAGCUCUCUGAAGAGGGAGAACGACCAGGAACUUGUGUUCUUCUGGUCCCAACAAAGGAAAGGAAGCGGUUUCGCCUCCACUACGACUUCUGAUAAAGGGCUCCAAGGGUUGUGAAUAGACUUGAAAGGAAAAGAGGUGUGGACAGUGUUGUUAUGAGACCCCAAAGUGGCGCUGAGAGGUUGCAGUAAGAAUAAUGAAAUAUUUCAACGUAUGUGACCUAAUCAUGCACAGAAUGGAACAACGUGUACCCGACUCCAGGGUCUUGUAACAAACGCUUUCCACUCAUUGUUUUUGUUCUGGGAACAUACAAGGAAAUAGUAGCACCCUGUCUUUUGUUUCUCUUUAGUUUUUUUUAGUGUCGUCAGACCUGCUCCUUCAGUAAUUGUAGGGAGAUGAAAUGUACCAUUUUUUACUCGACCUUUGAGUGGCUCAAAGUCUAAGUCUUCUGUUUCCUUCUGUACUCUGAUCACCCUGACCUUGUUGUUUUGGUUUUCCCCUAAAUCUCCACUCACCGUGUUGCUGAGAAAAACGGAGCAAAAUAAAAUAGUGAUGGUUUAACACGCAUCAGUCGAGUAUAUUAAAGGACUGUAACGUUGAAAGACUGAAUGAAACACGCUGUGUAUACAAACAUGUCCAUGAAUGUACAGUGUUUAUAUUCUUAUUCUGGGGAAACACUGGGGUCAUGUUGCAAGAUGUCGCUGCUACCAUUAGACGCUUAAAAAAAAGAAAGAAAAAUCAAACCUCUUAUUUCCUCCUCCCUUAUUUUUUUAGUGCAACUGCACAUCAUGAACUACUCAACAGAAACCCUGGGACUAACAUAUAACACUGGACACUCUAAACGUAUAGUUGUACAUAUCUGAUCUGAUUUUCAUUUGGACAGAUUCUUUUGUUUCUGGAGAGUUUCUAUCCGUAUGUGCCUUAGUCAGGCCUCCCCUUUUCUGUGUCCUGCCGCAGCUUUGGUUGUGUCUGAGCGACGCCUAGGACUAUGAAAUAACAAUAAAGAACUUGCUUUUUCCUACUAUAAA